AUGAAUUUCCUGCCGGCCAUUCGGGGCCGGUCCCUUGCCUGGUGGUUCCCUGUUCGCAACAAUUUGGAAAGUUUGAGUCAGCUCCAGGUGGUGCUGAAACUGUUUGGUGUUAUGAUCUACACCGUCGUCGAUCGAGUGAGCUGUCGGAUCGAGAUAACACUUGGUGAUUGGCUACUGUUGGCAAUUUUUACGACCCUCAGGGUCUACGGAACGGUGGAUGGACUGGUGAACGACCGCUGGCAGCCGCUGGUUGAGUCCGAUUUGCAGGCGGUGAUGUACGGCAUGGGAUUUACGAUUUUCUUCAUGAUAGUGUUACUGACGGUGUUGCCGUUCUAUUUGAUGCUUCUUCAUCGACGGUUUGAGGUUCUGCUGCAGCUUUUAAACGAGUUUGAUGAGGAAUUCAACCGACUUGGAUACCCUCGUGAUCAUCGCUAUCAUCACUUCCGAACCACUGGCUAUGUUUUGCUGUGCCUUACUGCAUUGGCGAUAAUUUUUGCAAUUACGUUUAUGUUACGUGAUCGAAACUUUCUCUGGGAAGCUCUACUAUUUCUGAGCACCUUUAACGCGACCUGCUUUGCCUACACGCUACAGCACGCCGGACUGAAUAUGAUGAUUUUCGCUACCCACAGCCGAAUGGAACUGAUGAACCGAUACAUUCGCGAGAUGCUGGGACCUGAAGGAGGCAACGGGAGACAGAAGGAAGACUUGGUGAUGCAGCUGGCCAGACUGUACGAUAAGCUCUGUGAUGUGACGGAGAUCAUCAACGUCGUGUUGUGCGCUCCACUCUUCUUCAAUUUCAUCAAUACCUUCUUCCUGCACGUCACAUCCUGCUACGCCUGCAUGCGAAUUCUGCUGAACCGAGCGACACCAUCGGAAACGUCCAACUCGCUGCUGUACCUGAGCUGGUCCGGUUACUUCAAUAUAUUCGUGUUCCAAACGGUCACCUUUGCCACUAGACUGCGCCAGCAAACGAGCACCUUUGUGGGUGCUGUCCAUCGUCAUCUCAACCAGCCUCACAAUCGACGCAUUAUCACGAGGCUUCAACAGCUUUCGGAGCAAAUCGAUAACCGAGCUCCGUCCGUCACGUUCUUCCUGUUCGAACUGCACCCAUCUCUAAUUAUCCAGGCUGGCGGUGAACUGGCAACCUAUAUGCUGAUACUAAUCCAGUUCGAAAUGCAGUAA